GCUUUUGAAAAAUUAACCGAUUAUGAUUAUCGAGGUACCACAUAUUACACUGUUAAGAAUCUUUCAUUGUAUGAAUGCCAAGGAUGGUGUCGGGAAGAACCGGAUUGUCAAGCUUGCGCAUUUAGUUUUGUGGUAAAUCCAUUAACGCCAGUUCAAGAAACGUUGUGUCAGCUGCAAAAUGAAACGUCAGCUAAUAAUCCAACAGCAUCGCCGCAGCGAUCGGUGAAUAUGUAUUAUAUGGUAAAGAUGCAAAUUCGAUCGGAGAAUGUGUGCAUGCGUCCAUGGGCAUUUGAACGAGUUCCCAAUAAAAUGAUUCGUGGGUUAGACAACGCUCUAAUUUAUACAUCAACUAAAGAAGCUUGUUUAGCUGCAUGUCUUAAUGAGCACCGAUUUACUUGCCGUUCAGUCGAAUACAACUACAUUUCACUUCAAUGUCAACUAAGUGAUUCAGAUCGUCGCACUACCGGUCAAUAUGUUCAAUUUGUCGAUGCUCAAGGUGUAGAUUACUUCGAAAAUUUAUGUUUAAAAGGUUCACAAGCAUGUAAAGGAAAUCGUGUUUAUCAAACUCCACGAAUCGGUGUUGCCGAUGACAAAGUUGCGCAAUAUGCUGGCUUACAUUAUUACACCGACAAGGAAAUGCAAGUAAACAGUGAAUCCGGAUGUCGUUUAGCAUGUGAAAUCGAAAAUGAAUUCUUAUGUCGUUCAUACUUGUACAAAGGUCCACCAAUUGGAACACAAUACAAUUGUAAAUUGUUCCACUUAGACCAUAAAUCAUUACCAGAUGGUCCUAGCACAUAUUUGAAUGCUGAACGUCCACUUAUUGAUAAUGGAGAACGAAUUGGAGUAUACUAUGAAAAUUUCUGUGAAAAGGCUGCAACCAGUUCUUCGUCCACUGGUCUUGGUGAUAAUACACUGCCUGUUGUUUUUGAAUCCACUGAAGAUCCCACAUUGAAUAACUUGACUCGUAGUGAUGUAAACUGUGACAAAACUGGAACCUGUUAUGAUGUCUCCGUCAACUGCAAAGAUACCAAAAUUGCCGUACAAGUCCGUACAAACAAACCAUUCAAUGGUAGAAUUUACGCUUUGGGUCGAUCGGAAACUUGUAAUAUUGAUGUAAUCAAUAGUGAUUUAUUCAGAUUGGAUCUUACAAUGUCUGGACAAGAUUGUAAUACACAAUCUGUGACUGGAGUUUAUAGUAACACAGUUGUUUUACAACAUCAUAGUGUGGUCAUGACAAAAGCUGAUAAAAUUUACAAAGUGAAAUGUACGUAUGACAUGUCAUCAAAGAACAUCACAUUCGGAAUGAUGCCAAUCAGAGAUCCAGAAAUGAUUAGCAUUACAUCAGCACCAGAAGCUCCACCACCAAAAAUACGUAUCUUGGAUGCACGUAAUCGUGAAGUUGAAACUGUUCGUAUUGGAGAUAAACUUACAUUCCGUAUUGAAAUCCCAGAAGAUACACCUUACGGUAUCUUUGCAAGAAGUUGUGUUGCUAUGGCUAAAGAUUCAAAGAGCACAUUCCAAAUAAUUGACGAUGAAGGAUGUCCAGUAGAUCCAAGCAUCUUCCCAGCAUUCACCCCCGAUGGUAACGCAUUACAAAGUGUCUACGAAGCAUUCAGAUUUACAGAAUCAUACGGCGUUAUCUUCCAAUGUAAUGUUAAAUAUUGUUUGGGACCAUGUGAACCAGCUGUAUGUGAAUGGGGACGUGAAUCAAUUGAAUCAUGGGGUAGAAAGAAGAGAUCCGUCAGUAAUGAUACAGAUGAUGAAAAAGAAGAAGAUAUGACAUUGAGCCAAGAAAUUCUGGUACUCGAUUUCGGUGAUGAUAAACAAGCCGAUUUCUUCAGAAAUACCAACAGCGCAGAAUUCAAUGAUAAAACAGUUACAAUCAUCGAACCAUGCCCUACAAAAACAUCGGUACUAGCCUUAGGAGUUACCUGCGCCUUACUUAUUUUAUUAUACAUUAGUACAUUAUUCUGUUACUACAUGAAGAAAUGGAUGGCUCCUAGCAAACAUUUACCAUAAAAAAUUUUAAAC